UCUAAUCUAAAAAUGCCUGUGUUCUGGACCACUCCAGUCAAUUCAGCAUGAGCUGUAUUAUCGAUAAUAUAAACGUGAACUGGCUUUUGAGAUCAGUCCAUCUGUCUUCCUGGCUCGAUGAUGCAUGAAGAGGAGGAGAUCAUUGAGAAGGGAGGGUUCAAAACAAGGCGUAGGGUAGGGAAGGGCAGAGUUCUGUGAGACAGAUGCCGAGAUUACAGCAGUUGAUAGAACUCUGGAGACGCUUGCUUUUCCAAUGUGGGCCUCACAAACCAUCUACAUAAACAGAUGUCGCAAAACAUAGAUGAACGAGAAGAAGACGAGUCCUGACAGAACAGGCCAAAGGGAGCUGCUGAAAUGCCCAUGACCUCAUAAGACCAAAAAAAUCCUUAGGAAUCAUUACUGCAGCAAGACUGGACUUAUGGGAAAAAACAAAAAAGGUCUGAAUAUGCGAGCGAUUGUGGGCAUCAUGUGUCUGUGCCAGUGUGUCGUCAGCCAGCUGUUGUUGGCCAAAGCGAAGACAACUUCACCACGAUUCAUUUGCAGUGUCCCAGGUCUACCAGGUACGCCGGGGAAGCCGGGACCACCCGGGCCUUCAGGGCUUGAAGGCCAAGUUGGAAUUCCAGGAAGGGACGGAAGGGACGGUCGUAAAGGAGACAAAGGCGAGAAAGGGGAAACAGGAAUUAAAGGAAAAGUUGGACCGGCCGGGAAAAUCGGUGAGCGUGGGGAAAGAGGUCCGACCGGUAAGCGUGGCCCAGAGGGCGACAGAGGAGACACAGGACAUCCAGGACUUGAAGGAAAGCCUGGAUUGAGAGGAGAAAAGGGCCACAGGGGUCCACAAGGAGUGCCAGGCAAGUGCCUCUGUGGCAGCCUGGUACCCAAGUCAGCCUUCUCUGUAGCCAUCACCAGCAGCUACCCAGCUGAGAAAGUACCAAUCAAGUUCAACAAAGUCCUUUUCAACGAAGGAGGCCAUUACAACCCACAGACAGGAAAAUUUAUAUGUGCAUACCCUGGCAUCUAUUACUUCUCCUAUGACAUCACGUUGGCCAAUAAGCACUUAGCCAUCAGCCUGGUACAGAACGGGGUGUACCGCAUUAAGACAUACGAUGCCAAUACGGGGAAUCAUGACGUCGCUUCUGCCUCGACUGUGAUAUUCCUCAACCCGGAGGAUGAAGUGUGGCUGGAGAUCUUCUUUAAAGACCAGAACGGCUUGUUUUCCGAUCCCAGCUGGGCAGACAGUCUCUUCUCAGGGUUUCUCCUCUAUGCAGAUACUAAUUACCUGGAUGCACUGUCAGAGGACUAUUCUUAGAUCCUUUAAGGAUUAAAAUUAUAUUAAGGUGAACUCUGUGGGCUUGUAUUACAAAAUUAUUUUCAGUAUAAACAGAUGACUAGUGGUUAGAGUGUUAGAAACACACCUCUGGGGUUGGGGGUUCUGUGUGCUUGGAGUUUGCUGUUCUUCCUGUCCUUUGGAUGUUCCUUCCAAGCUCUCCAGUCCAGAGUCAUGCUUUGUAGGCUGAUGGACAUCUCUAAAUUACCAUCAGUGUGUAUGUGUGUUUGUACCCUGCGAUGGACUGGUGCCCCAUACAUGGUGUACCCUUCCUAAGAUAGACUCUAGGUUCCCCACAACCUUGGGUAGGAUAAGCAGUACCAAAAAUGGAUGGAUGGAUGGAUGGAUGGAUGCUUGUAAAUGAUAUAUACUGUAGGUCUUCCAUCUAAACCCUCCUGUACUUGGGAUAGAAUCCCUGCUUGUUCCCCCAUGAUGCAGGUGCUGAAUCUUUGAUGUAUAUAUACAGUAUAUAUUUCCAGAUUAAUAUUACCAGUACAUUUUUCCUAACGAACACAAAUCUUUUUAGCAGAAUUGCUGAAAACUGUUUAUGUAGUUCUGUAAUAAUAUAAAGCUGAAACUUCCAUCUGAAUUCUUCAAAGAAAAGCAAAUCACAUGAGCCAUUGACCAAAAGAUACCUGUUUAUACUCACAGAAAACUGGCGGAUGAUUAAAUUUUCUCCUACUUGUGAUGGCUGUCUUCUGGAUUCUGCAUUUUCUGUCUAAUAAAAACA